AGGCGCUUCUCAGCGCCCCGAGCUCCUUUCUUACGUCCUCUUCUCCUUUACUUCCUCUUCAUUCCUUCAGUAUAUAUCCUAACAUUUACUUUGUGCCAGUCAGCAGCUACGCCGUGGGGACAAAAGUGAGAAAAAACGCACGCCCCACCGUGCCCUCAGGGAGCUCACAGACUGGUGCCGAGAAAGACGUUCAUCGGGGGCUCUGAAAUAAAUGUAGAAUUACAGCUUUGAGAAGUGCUAGGAAGGAGACGUGUGUGUUCCCCGAGGGCUAAUCCUGGAGGGGAUCUGACUUAAUCUGGCUGUCAGGGAAGGUUUCCCUGGGGAAGCAACGCUUGGGCUGGGAGCUCAGCCUAAGUUAGGGUGCCAGGAGGAGUCAGUGUUCCAAGGCGUGGUGGCGAGGGAACAUGGUGCCUGUACGAAGCGGUGGAAGGGACAUGUACCGGCCUCCUAAAUGGAAAUCGGGCGCCUUAGUGCAUCGCUAAAUAAGACUUGCCUUAUUAAAGAGCCAAACCCCUAGAAAAUUGUAUGAGCAGAGCUGCAGGUUUUGGAAGAAAAUAUUUCCCUUUGGCUUUCUAACAUGAUUUCAUGUUACCUAAAACAUACUGGAAGGUACCGGGAAAGAUUCCCCACAGAUGAAAACGUCAAAAGAAAAUGGGUGUUAGCAAUGAAAAGACUUGAUGUGAAUGCUGUAGACAUUUGGGAGCCUAAAAAAGGAGAUGUGUUGUGUUCAAGGCACUUUAAGAAGACAGAUUUUGACAGAAGUGCUCCAAAUAUUAAACUGAAACCUGGAGUCAUACCUUCUAUCUUUGAUUCCCCAUCUCACUCACAGGGGAAAAGAGAAAAGCUUCAUUGUAGGAAAAACUUCACCCUCAAAGCCCUUCCAGUCACAAACCACAAUCACCAGCUUGUUGGUGCUUCCUCGUGUAUCGAAGAAUUCCAGUCCCAGUUCAUUUUUGAACAUAGCUACAGUGUGAUGGACAGUCCAAAGGAACUUAAGCAUAAAUUAGAUCAAGUGAUCAGCGAGCUAGAGGAUACCAAGAAAAGUCUGCGGAAUGUUUUAGGCCGAGAAAGACGUUUACAAAAAUCAUUGAGGAAGACAAUCAGGGAAUUAAAGGAUGAAUGUCUCAUCAGCCAAGAAACAGCAAAUAGACUGGAAGCUUUCUGUUGGGGGUGGUGUCAGGAGAGCAUAGAACAAGACUAUUUCAUGAAAUAAUUUCAUGUUAUGUUCUACCUAAAAUUGUUAUUGGUACAGCUUUUCAGAAAAUGAUUACCAUCAUUAAAUAAUAUCCGUCAUUUAGAGUGCUUCUUUGGAUCCUCCGCAGCAUUAUGCAUUAGUGUUAUUAUCCAAAACCUUUUUUUUUUUUUAAGAUAUUCAGAAAUUUGUGCUGGUUGUCAUGUUUUUGGGUGACUUGAGACAAUUAUGUUUUUAUAGACCUAAACUAGUGCCAGGUCACUAUUGUAAGAUGUUAAGAGAUCAAGAAGAUUCUGUAGGACUAAGGAAAUGAUUUCAAAUCAGCCACAUUAAGCUGUAAUAGUAGAAACUGGACACUGUAGCAGCAUCAGAUUUUUGGCUUCAAAGGAGUACCUUUGCUUAUGUAGGCUUUAUGGUAAGUACAUUGAAUUGUACUUUAACUGUAUUUUACCACAAAGCAGAAUUCAUUUAUAACACAUGUCCAUCUUGGAUCCAAUCCAAGGUGCUUUUGUUAUCAGUAAUACCAAAAGAUCUUUUUACAGGGCAUCCCAUGGUACUGACCUUGAGAACAACAUAUGGUGCAGAUCUCUUGGCUUUUAAAGUUGUUCAGAGCCAAGUUAAGAAGACCCCUGAUGAGGUCUUGUUUUUUCGGUACAGUACAUCAUUUCCUCACUAGGAGUACUUUGAUGUAAACCAGCAUAGCUUUAACAAAUUUUUAAAGAGGGUCAUAAAUCUGAUUUUCAAAUGGUUACUCUGACAGUUCUGAACAGUUUGUUUCAUGACUGUUAUUUCAUCAUAAAGGUAUAUGUUCAAAAUCUGAAUGCCAGUAGUAACUGGAUAUUUUCAAUGCUGUUUUGUAUUUUACAGAAAGUAGUACUAACAUUUUUAAAAAUACAAAAUACAGAAGAAACCAUUAAAAAUAAUGAUGUGGCUCUUCUAGUUAAAAUAGGAAUUGGAGAGAGUUAUAAUAUUUUCCUUUAAUUAGGAGAGUAGAUUACUAUCCAAGAGCUUUUAUUUAGAGAAAAAGAUAAGUAAACAGCAAUUUUAGAAUAGCUUCUUACUGUAUUUACGAAAGAAUAACUCUUAGUUAUUUUCUGAUUAAUCCAAGGGUAGAAAUUUAGGUUUAUCUCCUAAUUUCUUCGUAAAAACAACUGAAAUGAAAAGUCAUAAACACUGUGGAUCAGAAUAAAAUUACUAGCCCAAAGCCAAAUUCUACUUUGAAGCAUGUGUACAUUCAUGAACUUCAUUCACACAUCCAUGCUAUAAUAGUUAACAAUUUGAAUAUCAGUUAUUUCAAUGUGUUAACUAGAAAUGAGCUGCAUUUUUUGCCAAUGUUCAUUGUAAUUUUAUUUGUGUUAUAUUAAUAUCAGUAAGGAUAUGGUCACUUGAUUUUUUUUAUAUUUAAGAAUUUUCUGUUUUAACGCACGUUACAUUUUUAUGUAGGAUUCCAAACCUUCCCUCUAAAUGGGAUUUUACCCACAUUUGAAAGAUUAGCAUUAUGCUAAGAAGAAAUCACGGAGGUCCUAUCUUUUUACUACCUUAAUAAAAACUCAUUACCUACCCAUUAUUUU